AGAAAAAGAGAAGCGAAGCGAGUGAAAAUGGUGUUAUGGGAGAUUGCAUUGGCAACAGCUUAUUUCUUGGGCCUCAAGCGAACCUUUAAACUCGCUCUCAAGACUCAGCGACGUCUUGUUUCCCCCAAGCACCCUCGAAUUCGUCAAUUUCUUCGUGGACGAACCCGUGCCGUGUUUGAUGUUUCUGUGAAAGUUCAUCAUACCAUUCAGCGUCAAGACAUAAAAGUUAGUACAAAACUAAGUAGCUGGAUUUCGCGAUGGCUUAAUCAAAUGAAACCAUCUGCUGAGACUCAUGAACAUCCCAAUGGCACUAUCAAUACGGGCAUGAAAAUGAUAAAGAAGGUUUCCAACUCUUACUUGAAACAUCAAACCAGCAGUCGAGCAGUGAUUGGUCGAAAAUUCGAUCAAUAUCUGUCAUCUACUUCAUCAGUACAUAGAUGGCCUAAGCCCUUCUUCCCUACCAUUGCAAUGAUCAUGAGGCAGAGAAAGCCUGCUGGGACUUUGAAUCAAUACAGACAAUUUAGCAUUUGUGGCUCUGAUGGAUUGAAAACAAACUAUAGAAGACGAAGUUUCGAUCACGGUAUUCGAGAAGAUAUUAUGCAAUGGAUGCUUCAGAAUUAGAAGAGAAGAUCUUUUUUAGUUGUCUUCUCCUGGGAGACUAGAUUAUUUGGCUUACAAUACAGACUAUAGUGCAGUGUUUAGUUUCCCGUUUUGAGCUUGGAGACAAUAGGGAGGUUUUCUUUUCUUGUUCUAAAAUGUUUGGUACAGGUUCUUGGAAGCCAUGUCUUUUCUUGUGAACAAUUUCUAAAGGUAAUGUUUGGGGGUUCUAAUUUUGUUUUA